GUUUUAGGAGACAAUGCGUUUUGUGGCGUCAUCAUAAAGCGACACUCAACCUGAUCUCGGAACAGAAAGACAGAAAUAUUGCUUUUUUUUUUUUUAAAACAAACAGGAGGGAUUAAUUAAAUACAACAGAGCUUCUUUUGGUAAGAUUAUAAUCCAAAAUCGUUUUUUAAAUUAAUUAUCUGAAACAGGGCAGCUGACGACUCUCGCUGCUUCAUUCAUGUUAAGAGUAACAUGCGAGUCGCAGUGGACUGUAUCAGAAAAUGCCCAAACUUUCAGAUGCUGAGUUUCCAUCCGGGUGUAAAAGUCUUCCUGAAGGCUUCUGGUCAGCGGUGGAGGUGUGGGUGAAGAAGCCUCAUGUUGUCAAUAAGCGUCUUUGUGGAGCUACGCAGACGGAGAGCAGAGAUGUGGACUCAGGCGACCUGAGGAAGCUGCUGGAUAGUAAUGAAGAAGAGCUGCUACAGGAUGUGUUUCAGUUCCUCUGUGGUGGAGUCUCACCUGCACACACCCACCAGAAGGACAAGCCCUGGUCCUCCACGGUCAGGACCUUCAUUCCCAAAGUCAACUGUUACGGUGCAAAGCAGCAGAAAGAAGUUGUGUUAAAAGACUCUGACAGACAACAUGUCACCUUUCUUCCUUUUGAGGAGGACUCGGCAGCAGGGAGGGCGUCCUUAAAGAGGUGCAACAUUUAUCAGCUCAGGCUCUGCAGUAAAGGCUGUGAGCAAUGGGCGCUGGAGCUGCAUGUGUUGACGUCGGACGGCUGGUUCUCCGAUGGCGUGGCGUAUCCCAAGCUGCCCUGGCUGUCCUCGGAUCUGCUGCCUAAACUGGUGCGCUGGGCCGCCGAGUGCAAGAGCAGCGAGUUCAAGAGCACGCUGUCUCUGCUGCCGGUGGAGAAGUACAGCCUCACGUACCAGCAGCUGAAGGAGAAGUACAAGAGCAUGGUCAAGGUUUGGCCUGAGGUCACAGACCCGGAGAAGUUUGUGUAUGAAGAUGUGGCCAUUGCUACUUAUCUCCUGGUGCUGUGGGCUGAGGAGCGAGCGGUGAAAAGUCUGACUGACCCACAGUCCUUUGUGGACCUUGGCUGUGGAAACGGACUCCUGGUCCACAUACUGACCAACGAAGGGCACCCGGGCAGGGGCAUCGACGUCCGCAGGAGGAGGAUCUGGGACAUGUACGGGCCUCAGACUGAGCUGGAGGAAAAGGCAAUUACUCCCAGCGAGAGCUUCUUAUUCCCGGGUACGGACUGGCUGAUUGGGAACCAUUCGGACGAGCUCACGCCGUGGAUCCCUGUCAUCGCGGCCAGGUCGUCUUACUCCUGCCGUUUCUUUGUCCUCCCCUGCUGCUUCUUUGACUUCUAUGGGAAAUACCAGAGGCGCCAGUGUAGGAAGUCUCAGUACAAAGAGUACAUCGACUUCAUCGCAGAGGUCAGCCAAGUCUGUGGCUUCAGCACCGAGGAAGACUGCCUGAGAAUACCUUCCACCAAACGUGUGUGUCUGGUGGGAAAGUCGAGGACUUACAAGCAGUCAGAUGAGGCCGAAAUCGACCAAAGAAGGGCGAGUUAUAUCCAGAGCCGCCAGGCCUCCACAGGAGCAGCAGUUCAAAGGUCAGACGUCAGGAAAAGCAGGGAUUGUUGCCAUGGCAGCGGUGAGUGCGAUGACACCUCGGGGAGCGCGUGGGGAGACGGCUUCCAGCCCAGAGACGGCGCUGAAGCGGUUCGAAACUGCUCGGCUCUACCGCGGGACGUUGUGGACGGAGUCGUCCAGAAAGUGGCCGAGGCUCUACUGGGAAUGUCGGAGGCAACGUCCAGCGGUGACUGGAACCAAGGAGGUAGCCUCUCUGUGAGGGAGGUGGCUGCGCUGCUGCGGCAGGAAACGCUGCAGCUCCUGAAGAACGAGUGUGGAGGCCUCCAGACGCUGCUCAAGAACAACCACCAAGUCUUCAAAGUGGAAGGAGGAACGGUCCGCAUCAGAGACUGGAGGGACGGGACGGAAAGCCAGAGGAGGCCCGCCGUACCCGGUGCCCUAAAAACUCGUCUCUGCUGGUUUCAUGCACACCACCCUCAAGGCUGCCCCCUGCAGGAGCAAAACUGCACCUUCGCCCAUGGACUGGAUGACCUUCGACCUUCAACAAGGCCUCUAAAGAAGCUUAAGAUCUUUUGACAGGACUAGUGUCAACAUUAGUGGAAUUGGAAAUGCUGAACAAUUUUCAAGUUAAAGUCUGUUUAGUUAAUUACAUAAAAUAAAUUACAAAAUGGUUCUAUUGGGACUUAAAGUUAGCUUUCGUUGGUUUAAUAAAAUCAUUUCCAUUA